UCUGCCCUGGAGCCUUGUGUGCCAUGGCAGUCUGGCCUGGCGCCAGCUGCCCUCCGGGUACUGGCGAUCCGCAGUCCAGAGUUGCCAAUUCGGGAACACCUGAAGCAGGUGGCCGUGACGCAGACAGUGAGAAAACUUCCUGGCCAGCCACUGCUGCGGGCCUCCAAGAUCUCCCCCGCCAGGAAAGAAGGUGGGAGAGGGAAGCCAAGGGCAGGUGCUGUGGCUUGGAACUCAGAGCGAGGAGCAACUUCUAAGGGCGCCAGGGGCGGGACGCCAGGGCGCCGUCCCCAUGGUAACGGAACGCUGAAUAAAAGCAGCCGCUGGGACUCUCGCCGGAGCCGCGCGGCCAGCUUGGCUGUUACUGUUGAAGAAUCUCUUGGCUUGGACUCAUUUAGCCCCUUGACAUUAGAUGGGACUUCUCGCGGGAUUUCAAGGGGGAGUGAGGCGACGUGAUUGGACAUUUUGAAAGCUGGGUACCAUGUGCAGGAGAGACGUGUGAGGAGGCCACUGCGGUGGCCCAGGCGAGAGGUGGUGGCGGCGCAAACCAAGCCAGGAGGAUGAAGCAGUGACUUUGGCCGCUGUGGAAGGGUUCCACCUGCUACGUGUCCCCCAGCAUGUCUGCUGAAAGCCUUCAACCCUUGGGGACACCAUCUCCUCACCCGUCCUCAACUUUCACCCAUCCCACCCCGUCCUUAUCUUCCGAGGAGGAGGGAGCUACUGAAGGAGAUGAAGAGAGUUCAAUGGGCGAAUCUUUAUCUCCUGAAAAGGACGAGUCUCCGGAGGAAGACCUGUACCUGGAAGAGGAGGAAAUUUAUCUCAAAGGAAAGGAGUGCCUGUAUGAACAAGCAUAUCUGAAGGCCCAGCAGUAUCUGCAGAAGGAAAAGUUUCUGGAAGGGGAAGAGGUUCUGUAUGAAAGGUAUCUGCCAGAGGGUGAGUGCUGGAGCAGGACGGUGCCUAGAUGGCAGCUUCUGACCGUACCCCUCCCGCCCCUGUCCCUGUGUCGGGGAACCCAUCUGUCUCAUGCAGCAGCCAACAGUGCCCACUGUCACUUUGUCCUCACUGCCACCGGCUCCCUCUCUGCUGGCAUCCCUCGGGUAACCACCUGCUUUGCUGUCCCUCCUUCCACCCCCGCACCUGCCAGCAGCAAGCCUCCUCUCAAUGACACGAUGCCGUCCACGUCCUCCGGAAAGCACCAGGGAGCGUUUCUGACCUGGCAGGACCAGAGCACGCAGACGGAGUGGGUCUAUGGGAACAAGACGGCCCUCAAAAGUCAAAAAAAUAAAGUCACGGCCAGUGUCUCAAAGCUGGAAAAGAAACAGUCGAAGGAUGAGGAUCUCAUGGAGUUUGUCUCUAAAGAGAGCUUUUGGGAUCGUAUAUUAAGUGAUCCCCUUGGCACACUGGAAUCUGAAGACUUCGAGGACGACGUUCUGACCAGCUCCUACCAGUCGGUGUUCAGAAUCAUGCUCAAAGAAAGCGCUCGCAACGAGCUGGAGGAGGAUGCUGACAUUUCUGUGACGGGUCUUCUGGAGAGUGAUGCCAGAAGGAAACUGGGAAUUCUGUUGAAGAAAAACUUUGAAAAAUACAAGGAAGCAAUCCUCUGGAUUAUGAGGAAACGUGAACGUAAGAAGCCCUCCCCCAUUGUCCAUCCCGUACCUCAAGGUGAUGGAAAAUUAAUUCUCUACCCCAAUGAGACUGUCUUCCAAAUUCUCUUUCCUGAUGGAUCAGGCCAGAUACAUUACCCUUCAGGACACCUGGCUGUGCUCAUCCUCAGUAUGAAAGAGGGCAAGUUCACGUACAUCAUCCUGGAAGACAGUAGAAAGACGUGUAUCCGGGCCCUUGUCAACAACUCCGGCCACGCCACCUUCUAUGAUGAAAAGGGAGGCGUCUGGUUGAGCCUGAGCCAAAACCUGGGCUACUACUUCGCCAAAGACAAGCACCAGAAGGCCUGGAACUGGUGGGAUCUGAACCUCCACGUCCACGCGCCCCCCGUCCAGCCCAUCUCCUUGAAGAUCAACCAGUACAUCGAGGUACACAUAGAAAGCCAGGACAAGCUCAUCUUCCGCUUCGUCCACGAAAAGAAGUGCGUCUGCUUAAACCUGGGCACCAAGUACAAGUUCAUUGCCCCAGAGGUGCUGCAUGAGAUGCAGAAGAAAGCAGUCCUGGAAGUGGAAUUGCACUCAACGGCUCGGAAGAUCCAGACCCUCCUGGGGAAAAUCAGUAGGAUCCUGAACGUCCUGCCUGUCGCUGAUUUGGAACGCUUCCUAGAGGCCACCAAGGACUUGCCAACAAGACAGCGUGGGCCGGCGGGGAAAGUCUCAUCUCCCCAUCUCGGGCAGUCAGCAGACUGUCCCAGAACUGCUUCGGCCUGUGCUGAAAGUCUCGGGGGGGUGAAGGUGCCAGAGGCUCUGAAGAAAACUCCAAACCCCUAAACCCCUAGUUCAGGUCUUGUGAGAGUUGGUUUCCAAUUGAGGACCUAAUCAGCACUUGAUUUGGGAAAAAGAAAAGCUUUUUGGGGGCGGAGGGGCUGAAGGAUCUGGCUGGGCGCGGAAAAGCCCAUCCCCUGCCCUGCCCUUUCAGUACACAAUACAUGCCAACAUCUGUCCCGCUUCCCCUGGUCACUUGAAUGCAGAAGUUCCUUUACGGCUUUCCUCUACCCGGGUGGACUCGGGACACACUGUCUCAAAGCCUAGCUCCGCCCGCUGUUGGCUGUGUGACCUUGGACCAGGAGCUUUCUACCUCUGUUUCCUCAUCUGUGAAAUGGGUCUACAAAUAGUAGCCUUGGACUUCCCGUCACGGCUCAGCAAGUUGCAAACUCAACUAGUAUCCAUGAAGCUGUGGGUUCAAUCCCUGGCCUCACUCAGUAGGUUAAGGAUCCGGAGUUACCAUGAGCUGUGGUGUGGGCUGCAGAUGAGGCUCGAAUCCCGAGUGGCUAUGGCUGUGGCAUAGGCUGGUAGCUGCAGCUCUGAUUUGACCCCCUAGGCUGGGAAGCUCCAUAUGCCACAGGUGCAGCCGUAAAAAGCCAAAAAAAAAAAAGAAAAAUAAAGAGUAGCCUCGCAAACACCCCCACUUCCAGCACUCCCAAGGCAGAGGGAAGCCCACUUAGCAAAGCAGCACCAGGCUGCUGCCAGUCCCCCAAACCAGGAGCCCAAGAAAGGACCCACACUUAAACCUCCUUCAACAGCUGGGCCCUUUUGUUCACUGGUAAGAGUGACCCGUUCGAAUAGAUAAAGCAAAUUGGGAGACGCAUAGGAGUUCCCGUCGUGGCUCAGUGGUUAACGAAUCCAGCUGGGAACCAUGAGGUUUCGGGUUUGAUCCUUGGCCUUGCUCAGUGGGUUAAGGAUGUGGCAUUGCUGUGGC